AUGGACGACACGAUAAAAGCCUCUUAUGAGCGCAAUUCCAAAGAGCUCCGAGCUGACCUGAAGAAAUGGGAGAGCGACUGGGCCGCCGGCCACAACGGCUCCAAGCCCAGUCGGCAAGAUAUAAAAGACAACCCCAACAUAGCUGCAAAAUACAAAGAAUAUAACAAGACUCGCGACAUCCUCGCAGGCAAGAUACCCCUGCCCGCGCCCACGCAACAACUGCCAAACCCCAAGAAACGGCGCCCCGACCCGCCGCCUACCGAGACGCCGCUCAAGAAGAACAGAUAUGCCGAAACGCCGUCCAAGAACCGCACGCUCGAUGAGAACGAGUUCAUGAGCACGCCCGCCAUAUCGAGGAAGCUUUUCAGCCCCGCGCCAGUCACGUCCAUCGGGCCCACGCCGCAGCGCGACGGCAAGGUGCUCGGCCUGUUUGACCUCUUGGUGGGCAAGGAGUUGGGCACGCCGAGCAAAAGCACAGAAAAGCAGCCUCCGAGCACACCGGGAGGACGGCGUCGGAGAGAAGAGGAUGCCACCCCGAGCAGGCGCAGAGGAUCUUUGGACUCGGAGAAGCUGGGCCGCACACCCAUGUCCAGCAGCAAGCGCCAGAUGCUAAAUACAUUCAUGACGCCGCUCAAGAACCGGGAUGCCGGCGCCGGCGGAAAAGCUUCCACGCCAGGCUCCGUCUCCAAGUUGCAAUUCGAUACGCCGGCCUUUUUGAGACGACAUACGCUGCCGGCGCUCAGCGAAGGAGUACCCUUUGAUGCGCCGGCGCCGCUCAAGCUGCCUAGGAAGCCGCUCGGCCGCGGUCUGAGCGAAAUUGUAGCGAGUCUGCGCAAGGUGGAAGACGAUCACCUGGACGAUGACGACGACAUGGCUGCUUUGCGCGAGCUCGAGGACGCUGACAUGGAUCCUUCCGCAGCUGGUUCUGCGCCGUCCGUCACCGCACCAGCUGCAGCUUCACAGUCUACAGCUCCCAAGGAGCGCGAUAUUCUAGCGAGGGACCGCGAAUCCCACAAUCUCCCGCUCGGUGGCUUCGACGACGAGGGUCUGUACGACAGCCCCGACGAGGCCGAUCGCACCGGCCGCAACGGCCAGCCGCUGGUCGUCUACAAGAAAAAGGGCCAGAAGCGCACGACGCGCCGCGUCAACAUGCGCCCUACGAUUACGAAACGCCCGACGGAGUCGCUGGGUGGCUCGCAGGACAUUAUCCCCGAGACGCAGCAGCUCGACGGGCAGGAGAAUGCGGACGAGGACUACGAAGAUGUUGAAGAGACAGACGGAAAGAAGAAGAGGCCCAUGACUAAGGAGGGAGUUGUCAAGAAGUCGGUGCGCAAGGUGAAUGAGCUGGCGCACGCCAACUUUAGGAGGCUGAAGCUGAGGAGCAAGAAUAUGAAGGGGAAGUCGGGAGGCAGAAGGUUUGGGCGGCGGCGAUGA